GAAGCGAAGGGGGCGCAAUUUGCAAGGGCCAAUAGCAAAGCGGACCUGUCUGAGUAAGAAGACUCGGUGGCCUUUAAUGUGGAUGGUUUUCCUGAAGUGUCUUGUGGGAAGAUCGCUUCACUAUGAGGAUAGUUUUCAUCUCAUUAUUCAUCUUGUUAAUGAUCAAUGACUCUUGGUCAACUUCCCAAGACGACCUUGGACAACAUGUAGUAGUCCAGCGAUCGCUUCCGCCAGAUGACCGAGUGAUCACUGCCUUUGAUUCGCUGCUGUCAAAAGAGAUCAUCUCAUUCCUCAGAAGCUAUGUCAUGGGUCAGGUGCGAUGGGAGGUCAGAGGUCAUGAACCCGAGCAUUGUACGUUGGUCACUGAGACGGGACAGACCGACUGCCAGAACUCAGCAGCAUCUAGUAUCCCAUGGACAGGGAGACUAGAUCCCCUAUGGUUCUCACAAACACGCACCUGGAAAAGGUUGGUUGAAGCCAUCAGCUAUGCUACAAACGAUAGUAGUCCCACCGUCUACCCAUUUUCCAUUCAGUCCGAAGUGCUUCGGAGAGGAGAUAACAUUGCCCCAAGAGUUGUUGCGUCCUCACCGUAUUCGAGAGAAUAUGCUUUACGCAUCUUCCUUGUGUCAGAAUGGCGAAAGGAUGAUUAUGGAGAUAUGUCCUUCUAUGUGUCGUCAUUACAGAACAGAACAAAAGGAUCAAAGUAUGACAUUGUCUUGACGGUGAGACCACAUCCUGGGCGUGUUGUCUUCUGGGAUGCGUCGAUACCGACCCUCUAUCGUCCUCCUUCCAUGGGGUACUUGGAGGAUCUCCUCAGUGUGUCUAUACAGCUCACAACUUCAAAAGAGAAAUUUGAGGCUGCUUGCAAAGACUGGCAGGAAUUAGAGGAACAGAAGGAACAACUGUUGAAGCAGUCCUUUCCUCAUCUAUCUGACUCUGUAGGACAGCUUAGUCUUGACAAUCACCUUACUAGACAGUUUACUGAUACUGAAGGCAGGAAGGUGAAAAUCUAUGAUGGUGUCUUUGAGGGAGUUCACCUGGAGGCACUUCGGUCGUACCUGUUGUCAUACCCAAUUACCAAUUCUCAAGGCUAUAAUCUGGAGCAGUAUGAGCUGUCUGACAAUGUGGCAUGGCUUAAAAACUUUGACGAGUUUGAUUUCCAAAAGAGCAGUACUUGGGACGUUCUUUCGCAGGUCGCUACCCAUGCCACUGGAAAGCAGAGGGCAUGGUUUCCUUACGAUGUCUCCCUCAACAUCGUUCGCUCUGGAGAUCACACGAGACUUCAUGAAGACUGCGAGGAAUGGGAGGAUGAAUUUACAAUGGUGGUGUACAUGAACCCUGAUCUUGGGCAAGGUGACUACGGCGAGACCAUCUUCUACAAUACCAAACCCCUCGACGCCUACUCUAAAAAGCUUUACGAGGGCAUCAGCCUUCGGGAUUACGAUGCAUUCGCUGCCAUCAAUCCAAGAUUUGGACGCCUGGUCAUUUUCGAUGGACACAUACCCCACUCUGCAAGGCCCCCUAGCACUGGCUACACCAAGCCAAGAUUCUCAUUCGCCGUUAAACUGGCAGUUAGCAGAAAGACAGCUAUCAUAAAAAAGUUGAGAGAGCAUAUAGAGGACUUUGGUAUACCAGAGGACGAUUUACUUGAUGAGAUUGAGGAGGCGACGUUCCACCAACGUGACCUUGAUAGAUCGGAAGAGUGGUUGGAGAAUAAGUUCAGGGACCUAAAGCAUCAGUUGAAAGAAGGGAACAGGAGAAAUCUACAGAGAUUGCGUGAAGCGUUGUAGGUUUAGUCUCAAAGGCCCAAAUUCACAAAGGUAGUUUUGAUUCCAUGGUUUAAAAUCAAGGUUUAUGAAAAUUUCUUGAAUUGAGUAGUAGUAGUAGCAGUAGUUUGGUAUUUAUUUGUACAAGAAAAAAAAUUCUAAGGAUGCAGAAUCCUGACUGUAUAAAAGCAGUCUUUAAUCAUGAUAAUAAUAAAAAACAAAAUGUGACAUUGGAUCAAUUACUUAUUACAAAAAAAUAAGUUUAAAAACUACAUGUAAUAAGUGAUUAAAUACACUUGAUUCAACCUUUACAUUGAGAAAACGUCCAGUAAUUAAUGUGCACUUUUAGCACAGUGCACAAAAUUAAUUGUUUUUUUUUUACUAUUCAAGGUUACAUCAUUAAUGUGUCUGUUGUUUUUAUUGAUUUACAUAAUGACUAGACUCAUUAUUACAGUAACCUUAGCAACAAGAAUUAAUUUAGCUCAAAUGGCAAAAAGUGUGCAUUCAUUAUUGGACUCUUUUUCAGUAUGCGUGCUGAAAAAGUGUUGAGGAUGAAAUCUGCAUAAACCAUGGUUUGAAACCACGGUUUGGUGGAUUCAAUACCAUGGUUUGCUAUUCAUCUUUGUGAAUUCUGGCCUUUGGGUUGUUUAAAGGCCACCGCACACCUUACGACUGUUCGCGAUCCGAUUUUGGAACAAAUCGCAUUUUGCUCAUUUUCUGAAGAUGUGAAUGGAACAUAUCAUUUUAUUUGAGGUAGAAAUUAAUUGAAAGAAUAAUAUUAUAACCAUUUUGAAAGUUUGCAAGCCUUUAUUUUUUAGUAAAGGCCAAAUUAGUUUCAAAUCGUAGCCAAUCGGACGACUGCUAUGACGUCAUUACGACUAGAUAUUAAAUUCGCUUUUAUUCUAAGAAGGGUGAUACCAUAGUCACAGAUUUUAUCAUAGGUAUUCGUACGAUGAUUUAGAACAUUACACAGUAAGAUAUUCCAAGUCUCAAUAUUAGCAUCAAAUUCUACUACAUUUUAUUCUAAAAUCGGGUCGCAGACCAGUCGUAAGGUGUGCGGUCGCCUUUAGAUGUCAAAUCAGCAUUCAGUACUAGUGUUACAGGGUUUCCAUAGUAACGGGAAUCAAGAUAAGACCUGCCAAGUAAAGAUGAAAGAAAAUUGCUGUCAAGGAAUUUGCAUGGCUAGUCCGUAUAUCAGUGUGAAAAGGCAAUUGACCAAACAAACCUGAAUGGUACAUACUAUUUGUAUCCAGGAAAUAUUUUUAUGAAAAAAUGGCAUGGCUCAUUGAACGUUAUUCAUUUAAUUUUGGUUUGAAACCCUGCCUUUCAUAUUCAUUCAGUAACGCAUGUUGCUUAAAUUGCUUAGAUGUGAGUCAUAUUGGUUAAAUUUGGUGAUUUCAACUUACAUAUUACAUAUUUUGAUUGGAUGCGAUCAAAAUAAAAUAUCAAUAUGUAGAUGCAUCAAAUCUUUAGUUUGGGAAAUUCUUUUUUUUUUUAAGAGUAGGAAUAACAGUACUAAAGUUUGUGAUAUUAAAGCGAUAACAUACAAGCAUAAAUAUGAACUCGAUAUUUCUUUACAACUCAAACAAUAUUAUUGCCACAUUAUAUUACACAUUUGCUUCAAAUACAAGUUCAAAAAUGUUGUUAGAUAUUGAAUGGUUCAGUCUUGAGAUGAUGACUUUGCAAUCGUGGAAGUUUCAACUGUCUUAUUUUUAAUCAAAAUGUUGUAUGAUCUAUGAAUAUACAGUUCUUCCAUAUCAGGGCAGGAAAUAAUUUUUUUUAUUUCUCAGGGGUUUCUUUUUUUUCCACAUUGGGGCGAUUGUGGAAUUUUGGGGAUAUUUUUUUUUUAAAUCUAACCCUAAAAGGACUGGGGGGGGGGGCCAUGAUUUGCAUAUUUUAUUCAUAAUAAACAAAAAAUAUUUUCAGAAUUUUUUUUAUACUACAGAUAGGUUGUAGUUUUUGUGGUAAAGAAUGUGCGUUCCAAAUUUCCCAUGAACGGAGGCAGAGAUCAGAAGGGGGGGGGGGGCAUCAUGCCCCCCCCCCAGUCCUCAAUACAUCUCAAAUAGCUCAGUCCUUUUAGGGUUAAGGGCUACAUGCAAUUAUUCAUUUAAUUCAAAUAUCAUCUUUCUGCCAUAGUUAGAAUAUUGAUUUUUUUAAAUAAUCUUGAAUAUUGUUUGUGUCAAAUCUUUGGGUGACUCUAGAAAGAAUGGUUUCCCCCAAGCAUGCAUUGUGGAGGAAUUUUCAGUGGCAAUUUUGGCAAUCAGGGCAAAAUCGCCCGUUGCCCCUUAUGUAUUUCCUAUGCUAAUCCAUAUAUACACUGUACAAUGUAUGAUACUAAAGUACUUUGAUUUUCUAUUAGUAAUGCUACGUGCAAAAAAUAAAUGAAUAUAUUUUUACUGUAGUAUUAACUCAACAUGUGCAUAUGAUUCUGUUUCAUAUCCUGUUCAUAUAUAUGCCAGUACCUUAAAUGGGGGCGUUGUGGUCUAGUGGUUAAGACUCUCAUCUUUCAAUCUGAAGGAUGUAGGUUCGAUUCCAAGUCAUGGCGUGUUUUCCUUCAGCAAAAAAAUUCACCCUCCAUUGUGCUGCACUCAACCCAGGUGAGGUAAAUGGGUACCGGCAGGAAAUAAUUCCUCAAAAAGCUGUGCGCACCGGAAUCGGUAGACUAGCUAAGCCGAGGUGGAUAUGUGCGCUAUACAAAUCCUAUAUUAAUAUUUAUUAUUAUUAAAUGGCAAGUUCACCCCAGCAAAAAGUUUAUUUGAAUGAAAAGAGAAAAAUCAGAUGUGCAUAAUGCUGACAAAUUCUCCAAAAUCGGAUUGAAUAUAAGAAAGUUAUGAAGUUUUGCUUAAUUUCACAGAACAGAUAUAUGCGCAUUCUGGUCAAUAUGGAAAUGAGGGGACUGAUUACUCACUUUUUCUUUUUUGUUGUAUUACAUGAAAUAUCAAACUUUUUUCCCCGUGUGUAACAAUGUUUAAUUAUUUCUCCUUGAAUAUGUGGCAUUGCAAAUUAUGCAACCUAUCGUAAUUCAUGAAGAUGAUUCCUUAUUGGCAAAUCUGCAAAAAUCGAAAUAUUUUAUAUUUCAUAUCAUGAAAUAAUAUGGAAUACUGAGUGAGUGACAGCAUCUACUCUCUCAUUUGCAUAUCAUUGGUGUUGGGCAUACAUGUUUUGUGAAAACUUCAGACUAUUUUUUUUGCUCAACGAUGCAGCUAUGCUGUUAAAGCACAUCUCAUUGUGCUGUAUGUAGAAUAAUGAUUUCCUAUGUUGUUCUUUAAUAUUGUUUGUGGCAGAUAUAAGGGAAAGUUUAGAAUACAAUAGUUGCCCCAAAGCAUUCCUUUUGUCUAAUUUUAGGGGCGAUUUGGCAGUUAUGAAUGUGAAGUUGCGCAUAGUCCUCUGUAUUUCCUAUUACUUUUUUACCUUUAUAUUUCUUGUACUAACUUGGCAAUUGUGUGUAUUUUGAUUUAACAUUUCCAUACUUCUGUGAUUGAUAUAAAAAUCUUAAUCUUGUCUUUCAUUUUAUAUUAAGUAUUUGAAUACUAAUUUGAAAUAUUAAAAUCAAAUAUUUCAUUAUACAUGUAUAUUGAUUGAAUCGGUAUGAACUAUUUCUACUUUUAUAUAUUUGAAAUUCAUAUUUUAUUAUAAAAAGCUUCAAGUUUAUAAUUUGAUACUUUAAUGUAUUUAUUGGUGGAUAUUCUGGUGAUAUUAAUCUGAAAUAAAUUUUUUUUCAUCUUGUCAUAGA